GAUCACACGGAACAAGAAGCUACCGGUGAGAGAGAAGCAGAGAGCACAGGAGAGGUAGGAGGAAGUGGUUGUGGCUCCUUGUGGUGGUUUUCAGUAUUCACGUCUCACACACAAUCCCUGCACAACUAUACACAACAACUCUCACAUCACUCUCACUUUCUCUUUAUCUUUCUCUCUGAUCCGCAAAUUUGGCUUAUCAUAGCGCCUCUCGUCCCCCAAACUCGUGCUUUCUUUUUUCUUUCCCUUUUCUCCCCUCACUUUCUUCUCAUCAAUACCGCUCCCGGUUUUCCGGCAUGUAUCUUCUCUGAUCGCCGAUCCUACUCCGGCCACACCACAUACUUCUAGUACCUAAAAUUCAGCUUCUUACUGAGCUACAUUGCGAAACCGGUGGUGUUUCCCUGCUUUGUUCAUCGCCUUGACUCUUUGCUUUUCCUUCUUCUGUGACCCAGAAAUUUGCCCGUAAAUCUGUACUAUAAUCUGCUUCUGAUUACUCCGUGUUACUCUAUUUCUUUUGGCCUUUUUCGUUUCUGUGGUUUCUCUGAGAGAGAGAUGACGUCGGGGACGAGGCUACCGACAUGGAAGGAGAGGGAGAACAACAAGAGGAGAGAGAGGAGGCGGCGAGCCAUAGCGGCAAAGAUCUUCUCUGGUCUCAGAAUGUACGGUAACUACAAGCUCCCUAAGCACUGCGACAACAAUGAAGUCCUAAAGGCUCUCUGCAACGAAGCUGGUUGGACCGUCGAACCCGACGGCACCACUUAUCGCAAGGGAUGCAAGCCUCUAGAGCGAAUGGACAUAGUUGGUGGGUCUGCAGCGGGAAGCCCCUGCUCAUCUUAUCAUCCAAGUCCCUGUGCUUCCUACAACCCAAGCCCAGGAUCAUCUUCUUUCCCGAGCCCAUCCUCAUCCCCCUAUGCACCAAAUCCUAAUGCUGAUGGCAAUACCCUCAUUCCAUGGCUGAAAAACUUAUCUACUACAUCAUCUUCAGCAUCUUCCCCCAAGCUUCCCCAUCACUAUCUUCACAGUGGCUCCAUUAGUGCUCCUGUCACACCUCCGCUGAGCUCUCCUACUGCAAGAACACCUCGAAUCAGCACUGACUGGGAUGAUCAAUGUACACGGGCAGGACAACACUAUUUAUUCAUGCCCUCUUCCACUCCUCCAAGCCCUCGGCGCCAGAUAGUUGACCCUGAAUGGUUUGCAGGGAUUAAGCUUCCAACUUCCCCAACAUUUAGCCUGAUCUCCAAGAACCCAUUUGGCUUCAAGGAAGAUGCUAUGGCUGCAGGCAGAGGAUCUCACAUGUGGACUCCUGGGCAUAGUGGGACGUGUUCUCCAGCUAUAGCAGCUGGCUCUGAUCAUACUGCAGAUAUUCCCAUGUCUGAAGCUAUUGCUGAUGAAUUUGCAUUUGGAAGCAACACAUCUGGGCUAGUGAAGCCAUGGGAAGGAGAAAGGAUCCAUGAAGAGUUUGGAUCAGAUGAUCUUGAGCUUACACUUGGUAGCUCAAGGACCAGGUAAAAUAAUUUAUACUCAAAGAAGUCAGUGGUUGAAUGUGAACUUGGAGUCCUUGUUUUAUUUGUAGAAAUAUUUGAAGACCAUAAUCAAGGUGGAUGCAGACAGCUUCUCUCUUUCAUUGUAUGCAUUUUUUUUUUUAAUCCUUUCACUUUGAUAGUUAUUCAGUUUGCAUACAGGUUUAGUGAGUUUUGGAGUGGAUUUGCUACCCUCUGAUUUCAUCAUUGUCUUGUUAAACCUUGAUAGUACUUGAAUUCGGGAACCAUUGAUAUUCAUUGCAUGGGUUCUUGGCUUCGGUUGGCUUGCCACAGAAGAAACUGGAUAACUCAGGAAGUGUAACCAUGACUAAGUGGCCAAAGCCAUUAUGGAAAUUUGAUAGGAUGGUCUUUUUGAGCUGUACUGAAUUAUUUUAGGAAUUUGAUCCAGCAAAUUUGUAGGUGUUUUGAUGGUUGAUUGACUAUAUGACAACAGCAUAGUUUGAAAAGCCAUAGACCAUCCAUUGUGAUAUUGCAACAAAUACUACCAUUCCAGUGAGUUUUUAGCUUCCGGCAAGAAUAGUGUCAGAAACUGUAAAAUUUGUUAGUGGUUGUUUCUAAUUAGAGAUAUUUCUAAAUUAUAACCGUAUAAUUGUUAUAUAUAAUGUCUUUCCAGCGUUUUUGAAUUGUA